UUACAAACCAGCAAGAAUUCGCUACUCAAACUGAUACUUUGCCUAAAAACAGCCAUCAAAAAAUUCUUACUGAAUCAUCUUUGGGUAAUAUUUCAGUAACUGAGCCUAAUCAAAUAAAUAAUACAAAUUCACAAGAACAAAAUGAAAUACUUAAUAAAUUUCUUCACGGCAAUUUUCAAAAUUGCACAAUUCAUUUGCAUUUUUAA